AUGAAGUGUUUCCUUGUUCUGUUAUUGCUGACUGUUGGUAUUGUCAUCAUUUGCUACACAGAUCUCCCUAAAAAGGAUGCGUUGCAUGCAAUUUUCCACAAAUAUUCUCUCCAGAAAUGUUUGAAGAAAAGUGGUAGAUUUUUAUCCUUUCCCGAGAAUCACGAAUGUUUAUACAUUUUAGCCGAGAGCAGAUAUUGUCAGGAUGGACUUCCGGAUGCUGUGUGGAAACAACAAAAUUUAAAAAAAACAUACAUUUCUUUUUAUGCUAUUUAUUUAUAUUUACAUAUUUUCUCUCUUUCUCUUUCCCGACUCUCUCUAUCUCUCGACUCUCUAUAUCUCCAGACUCUCUCUAUCUCUUCACUCUAUAUCUCCAGACUCUCUCUCUCUCUCUCUCUAUCCCUACACUCUCUAUACCUUCAGACUUUCUCUAUCUCUCCACUCUCUAUAUCUCCAGACGCUCUCUAUAUCUCCAGACUCUCUCUAUUUCCUCAGACUCUCUCUAUUUCUCUAGACUCUCUCUAUCUCUACACUCUCUAUAUCUCUAGAGUCUCUCUAUCUCUCCUCUCUCUAUAUCUCCAGACUCUCUCACUAUCCUCCUCACUCAUUCACAGACAAAACAACUGA